AUUUUCGACCUCGCGUCUGCGCCUUCGUGUCCAGGGCCACGAGGGUACGUCUGAGCUGCGAAGGAGCAUGCUAUCAGCGGCGAACGGAAGCGGUUUGGGAAUGUCGAACGGAAUCCAUCGGUGCUUUGGUCGUCAUCUUGAAUUUUUGUUCGAAGGCAUCGGUCGCUACCGUCUCAGUGGCUGCCGUGAUGCCCGGCGCGUCGCUGGCCGAGUGGCACGUCCUAUGUCUGACUCGAGGCUGUCCCACAGGACUGCGUGCCCGCCUGGUCUGGAGGCGCACUGGAUAGCGCGAGGCUUGACGCUGGUCGGGGCUCCCCUCUCCGAGCACCGCAGCCGCGGGAGCUCCCGCGCCCGUGCGAAUGGCGCCGGGCGGGCCAGGGCGGGGUUGGCUAUGCAAUGGGGGGGCGCCGGGGACGCCGCGAGACGGGCCGCCGGGCUGCUUUCGAAGGUCCAGAUGAACUGGCAGGACACUGUCAUCUUUCAGCUCUCGGGCAUGGACGAGAUCAUCGUUUUCCCUCCCAACUGCACAGCCGUCACAUCGGAGAUCCCGUUGCGAGACAGCGUCCACACGUGGGUGAUGAAGAAUCAGAAGGAGGAUGACGUCAAGGUGCCCUUCUACCACAUACGACUACGCGCUGGAGAGGCCGUGGUCAUACCCAGCAUGGCCGUGCACGUCGUGAAGGGCCUGCACAGCGCCCGCUUCUCGCUCGGCGUCAGCUUCGAGCCCAGAUUUGGGCAAAUGGCGUGGCCUGGGGCGCCCAGCCACUUCCAGGGCCUGCAGAGACCAUCCGUUGGGGCGAUGCGCGUGUUGUGGGCCCGGUCGACCAAGCGCCUGUGGGACGCGAAGAAGGUGAUCCUCUCCAGGCAGUCGUCCGUAAUGGACGUGCUCUGAGGUGCGCGGCCGCGGCCGCGGCUGCGGCUGCGGCAGCAGUUUCACCCAGAGCUGAAGCGUCCGGCGGCUCCCGCUGCGAGGAGGGGCGAGCGGAUGCUGAAA